AGGAUUUAUAGCACUAUGUAUGACUGAGCACUCAGAUGCGGGCACAGGGGUGUGGUAAAGUCUACAUACAGCCUCCCCCACCCUACUCCCUGCCUCUCCCUGGCUGGAUGAUGGUGUACGGGGAUGCUUCACGGAAUAGAGAACAGUCGUCAUGGCAACACGUUCCCGCCAGCGUUUCUUUUGUAUAUUGGUAUCUGCUACAGUUGCAUUUUUCCUCGUGACGCUUAAGGUGACAUCACGUCCGGCAGUGCGGCAGCUACCGGCUAACAGUACUUCAAAUUAUUCCGGUUUUCUUGUGGACACGGUUGGAUGUAAAAUUCCCAAUAUUAACCCCUAUGACGAGCUGAUCAAGCGGUUUGUGUGGCAUGGUACUAGAGUACAUUGCAAGGGAAAGCCCGCCAUUACGUACGAAGAUGGGUUAUGGAUACGCAUCAACCGAACCCGCGUUAAGAAGUAUUAUCGUAAUGAUUUGAAAUACUGUGCCUACGAACCGCUACAAAGGCCAGUGAACGGGUCUGACGACCGAAUUGAUUAUACCAACAAGAAAAUCCUCUUCUACAACGACACAAUAGUGAAGGCCGAAUUCAUGCGGGUUUACUGUUACAGUCGGAGCGAGGGUGUGAUAUAUGUGAAUUUUCACGCUUUUAUUUUGCCUAAACCGGAAAUAGAGCGAAGGUAUAGGAGAAACUUCAAGAGGUAUAAUAAGACGUUUGACUUAAAGGCCAACUUAAAUGUACUUAUGUUUGGUGUAGACUCUGUGUCAAGACUCAACAUGAUUCGUCAGAUGCCCCGAACCCGGGAGCUUUUGUUUAGUGAGCUAGGGGCUGUGGAGAUGUUGGGGUAUAACAAGGUAGCUGACAACACUUACGUCAACAUUGUCCCCAUGACGGUGGGGAAGUUUGUGGAGGAGCUACCGUGGAACGAGACAAUGGCCGACGUCCCGUUUGAUGAAUACGGCUUCGUGUGGAAGAACUUCUCAAAAUACGGUUACAGGACGUUGUAUGCUGAAGAUGCGCCGAAAAUCGCCAUAUUUAACUAUCUCAAAGCGGGAUUUCACGUCCCUCCAGCCGAUUACUACCUACGCCCUUUUAGCUUAGCCAUUGAGAAGCACAAAACACUGUGGAAUCAAAACAACAACUGUUUCUCCAACAGCUUGGAGACAAAUCUCGUUCUGGAUUACGUGCACCGCUUCAUUAAGUCUUCUCAGGGAAAACCGUUUUUCGCUUUCACUUUUAUCACGAGACUUACGCAUGAUGACGUGAACAGAGUUGGGGCCGCAGAUGUGCCACAUCACGAUUUUCUGAGUAAGCUGAAGGAAGAAGGUCACUUGGAAAACACAGUGCUUAUCUACUACAGUGACCACGGUAUUCGCUUUGGAGAUGUUAGGGGGACUUAUAUAGGUAAGCUUGAGGAACGACUUCCAUUCAUGUUUAUCGCGUUCCCCAAAUGGUUUCGGGAGAAAUACCCAAAGCUAAUGGACAGACUGACAACCAAUUCAAAACGACUCACCACACCGUUUGAUAUCUAUGAAACGUUAGUUGACAUUUUGCACUUCAACCGUAGUGUGGGUAAAUCCGAUAAACAGCUGACAGAUCGAGGGAUCAGUCUUUUUAACAACAUCUCUCCCGCUCGCACGUGCGAACUUGCCAGCAUUCUGACUCACUGGUGUACUUGUCAACUUCAAGAGCGCGUCAAUGGAACAGACCCUAUCAUUGUGAAGGCAGCCACGUUUGUCGUGAAAGUUCUAAACUCGAAGACUGCCAAUCACAGAACCUUAUGCUCUAAACUGAAACUAGGAGAAAUCUGGGAAGCCUGGCGAAUGGUACCUAACGAGGAGGUGCUGCGCUUCCGGAAAAGUCUUAAUGACGUCAUCAAUAGACAGGUGUUUUAUGGAGAACGUGCGAAGGCCAUAGUGGAUUACCAAAUCACGCUGACAACCGUUCCCGGCCAGGGACUGUUUGAGGUAACGGUGCGUCACGUGGAACUGGAGAAUCAGUUUACGGUGAUGGGGGAAGUCAGUAGAAUUAACCUGUACGGGCAGCAGUCGGCCUGUACAAAGGACAUCCACCUUAAAAAGUACUGUCACUGCGUAGCAGGAGGAUAGCGAU